AUGAAGUUCCAGCCGCAAGAGCUCCCGCUGGGGUCACCGCCCUUCUUUGAAGAUGAGGCCAACCGCACGUGGGUGCCCCUGUACAGCCAUGCCUGCUCCUUUGGGCCGGAUAUCUUUGUGGACAAGAUGAUGAAUCUCAUCAAGAAUCCCAACCUCAACUCGAGCUGGCUGUUUCGAGCUGACAUUCUGUACGACGAGGCCAAGACGAAAGGCAACACCAACAGCAUCGGCAGCAGCAGUAGUGUUCGCCCCAUCGCCGUUGAUAUACGCGGCAUGACCCUUGAGCGCACCCUCGUCCGCAGACUCAUCCCCAGGAACGAGCGGAGAGACAAGCCCCUGGAGCAGACAUGCGCCCUUUUCACGACCAAGCCGGCACAGGAUGGGCAUGACAUCAGUUCCACGGCACUUGCGUCUGGAUCUGGAUCUGGAUCUGAAUCUGGAUCGAGAUCCGAAUCUCCAUCUCCAUCCACACUCGUCAUAUAUAUGCCCCAUUCGACCUCCGCAGACAGUCUCCCCUUUUAUCACCCCAAAGUCCAGGGAAUCGCGCACCUGCACCAGUGGGACGAAGCAGGCAAAGGCACAAUAUCCAUUCACUUCCUCCCCUAUCCAGAGCACCCUUUGAGCGACGCGAGGCUACAGCGGACAGCCUACCACCUUCUCGAGAUCAUCGACAAACACGGCCACGGCGCCGCCGAGGGCUAUGUCAAGAGAGUCAAUCACGAUUUAGUCAUCCCCCAGGACAGAUUUCAGAACCGGUACGCACUUCUCAAGAGCAAGUAUGCUCGUCAGCUGGUUGAUUCGUGGGCCGAAAAGACGGACCCGUCGAAGCACGUCUUUGAAGACUUGGGGAUAGCCGCCUUUCUCAUCGAGUUAUGGAACGACAUGUAUCCCAAGGAGACUACCACCUUCCCAGGCUUCGUCGACAUUGGCUGUGGCAACGGGCUGCUGGUCUACCUGCUGACACAGGAGGGCUACGCUGGAUGGGGCUUCGACGCGAGAGAGCGCAAGUCGUGGGCUCAGUACCGAACGGGGGGGCAGGCUUCCCCCUCUGGCUCGUCUCUCGAGGAGCGGCUGCUACUUCCAGCCAUGGUCUCGAGAAGCGGUCAAGAUCAAGCCAAUGCCGACGCCAAUAACGAGUCAAGUGACCUUUCCGAUGGCGUCGUACAUGACGGCGUCUUCCCGCCGGGCACAUUCAUCAUUUCCAACCACGCCGACGAGCUGACCCCCUGGACGCCGAUUCUUGCCGCCUGCUCGAGGUGUCCCUUUAUCAUGAUCCCCUGUUGCAGCCACAACCUCACCGGGGACAAGUUCCGUGCACCCCCUCCCCAAGACAAGACCAAGGCCAAGUCGACGUAUGCGUCGCUAGUCGACUGGGUUUCCAGGAUUGCGGAAGAUUGCGGCUGGAAGGUCGAGACCGAGAUGCUGCGAAUUCCUAGCACCAGGAACACUUGUUUGCUGGGGAGGACCCGCACACGAGAGGUGCCAGAGGCGGAUAUCGUCGCUCUCAUCGCAAAGUACGGCGGCACGGGGGGCUACUACGAAAACGUGGCCAAGCUGAUCAAAUCUGGCCCGAGAGGUCACUAA